AUGGCGGAUCUGGACGCAGAAUUAGCACUUUUCGAAAGCGAGAUAUCGACCCUUGUGACGGAUAAUGGGUCACCUGCUAAAAAGAAGAAGAAGGCUCCCGAAGUUGAAGAACAGAAAGAGGCUGGAGAUGCUCAGACGAGCACGAGUGCGGUGGUUGUUUCCACAGCACCAGUCAUCUCGAUGGCGCCCACUAUUCCAGUGAUUGCUGCAGCCCCAAUGAUACAAGCUAUGCCGAACCCUACAGUAAUGGCGCCAUUUUUGCCACGAGUCACAACAUUGCAAGUUCCGGGAGUGUCGAUUAUGCCUCCUCCUGUGCCUCCACCCAUGUUCAUGUCCAGUCAAGGUUUUCGGCCUCCUCCAGGAUUUCCCAUGCCUAUGCCCAACAUAUUUUUGCCUCAUCAACUGCGACAGCAGCCCACAAGGCAGUCUGCCACAAUUGAAAGUGCGCCAAAAAUUUACAGUUCGGAAGUGCCUACGAGCAACGCGUCGACAGGCCAAACUGCCACGGCUCCUGUCACAUUUGCACUCGCGUCUGAUAUUGAAGCUAUGGAGAAGAAAAACGAGCAUCCAUCGGCCUCCUCCUCGUCGAGAUCAAAGGAUUCUAGACCCUUGAAGCCUAAAAAAUACCUUCGAGCUGGUGGCGGACAGGUC